AUGUGUAUGAUGGCUGACAGGGGUUUUAAGCGUCGCGCCUGGCGCGCGUGGCAACCGUUCCAGUGCUUGUGUGUGCAGAGAUAUGCAGUUCGAAAUGGUAGAAGACACAAUAAAAAACUUCACAAGAAUGUCGACAGAAGAUUUCUAUUACUUGAAAAAAUUGACACCCGGUUUCGCGAAGCUAUUACAGUGACUGAAAGGCUGACUAUAACUUUGAGAUUUCUUGCCACUGGAGACUCGUAUACAAGCUGCAGUACUAUAUCUAGGAUAGCCCCAGAGGUUUGUGAUGCUAUCAGUGAGGUUUUAAAAGAUUGGGUAAAGAUCCCCACAUCCGAGAAAGAAUGGUUGGAAAUUGCUGAAGAAUUUCAAGAAAAAUGGGUUUUUCCUUAUGCUAUAGCUGCCAUGGAUGGAAAAUACGUAAUGAUACAAGCACCUGGUAACAGCGGCACGGAAUAUCAUAACUACAAACACUUUUCUAGUAUCGUACUGUUUGCUCUCGUAGAUGCGGACUACUGUUUUAAAUACGUUAACAUUGGUUCCCAGGGGAAACUUUCGGACUGGGGGAUCUUUAAACACACUUCAUUAUACAAGAGACUCGAAGAAAAGUCCAUGAAAAUACCUCAGCCAUCGAUACUUCAAAUACCAUAUACCCUCAAAUUUCCAUACGUUAUUCUGGCAGACAAAGCAUUUGCACUAAACGAAUACACAAAAAGCCAGAGAGGGGGUCUCUAGAAAGAAUAUUCAACUAUCGUCUGUCAAGAGGAUGUAGAGUAGUGGAAAAUGCUUUCGGAUUAGCAAGCUCGGUUUUCAGGGUUUUAAGGAAACCUAUGUUACUAUCACCCAGUAAAGCUACAAAAGUAGUUUUAGCUGUUGUACAUUUGCACAAUUUUUUGCGAAAGAGGUCUAGCCAGAAAUACACACCACAUGGAUCUUUAGAUACGGAUACAGAAACAGGAAUCACACCAGGUAGUUGGAGAAAUGAGGGUGAACAUUCAUCACUACUCCCUCUCACUAAUGCGCCACGUAGAAGUGGGAGUGACGCAAAGGAAAUACGUUUACAUCUCGCUCAACAUUUUGCAACCAACGGAGCAAUACCUUGGCAAACUACAUAUUAAAAUUGGUAACAUUAUUUACCUGCGUAUCGCCUGCUGUAUCGUUUGACUCAUUAUUCCCAUUGUAUUGCAAAGUGUCUAUUGUAACAUUUGGUGUACACUUGUCUAGCAUGAAGUUGAAGUCAUCAAAUCCAAACCAUUUUGAUACGUAAAUACUAUUCCGACCUGUGAACAAUCAACCAAUAAAAUAUUUAAAAUGUA